UUUGAUUGUCGAGAAAAGAAACGGUAAAUUGAUGAAGAAAACCGAUUGAUUUCAAACUAAAUGUGUGUAUUUUGAAUAUUAACAAAACGAUGGCUACCCCUUCUUCCCAAUCUAGCAACAACGCAUUAUGUUUGAAGCGAUACCUAUAAAAUAUCUUUCGCUACUGAUUUUAGUAGUGCAAAACAGUGCUCUUAUUCUUAUGAUGCGCUAUACUCGAGCCAAUGUUCAGCAAGAUAAAUUGUAUCUGGCUUCCACCGCCGUGGUGAUGAGUGAAGUGAUUAAAACAGUAACAUGUCUUUUUGUGCUUUACUUCAGUCCAGCAGCUCCAAAACGUUCAUUGAGAAGACUCUGCAAAUUACUGAACCGCGAACUGAUUUUAAAAUGGAGAGAAACCGCCAAACUAGCAUUUCCUGCCGUAUUGUAUCUUAUUCAGAAUAAUCUUCAAUACGUGGCAGCUUCCAACCUUGAUGCAGCUACAUUCCAAGUGACUUAUCAACUCAAAAUCCUGACAACCGCCUUUUUCAGCGUGGUCAUUUUAAAGAAAAAUCUCACGAAAUUGAAAUGGGCAGCUUUAGCCCUUUUGACUGUUGGUAUUGCUCUUGUUGUAUUACCCGAGAGUGCAUCAGCUGCCUUCAUUGCUUACAUCGUUGGAAGCAGUACCUCUACAGAUGCUUCAGCAGAAGAAACCAGAAAAGCAGUUGAAGCAGUAACCACUGGUAAUCAGUCGAAUUUAGAAGGUUUCAUUGCCGUCUUAGCAGCUUGUCUGUUGUCCGGUUUAGCGGGCGUUUACUUUGAAAAGAUCCUCAAGGCACCUGCUUCCACUCCUUCUCAUAAACCUGUUCCUACGGAAGAUUGGUCGUCUGACGAUGAAGAAGAAGUCAAAAGAGCCAUGAUUACAGAAAAAGAAGAUAUUGACGAUGAAGACGAGGAUGCAUCUAAUAACAAUGGUGCAGGCAGUAACAACAACAACAACAACAACAACAGUAAUAACAACGCUAUCUGGAUCCGUAACAUCCAAAUGUCUAUUUUCUCCGUCUUGUUGGGCUUAGUCUUUGUUGUGAUGUUACAAGAUGGAGUGACUAUUGCCGAAAAGGGCUUUUUUGUUAAUUACACUUGUUUGACCUGGGUAGUCAUCUUUAUCCAAGCUUUGGGUGGUUUGAUUGUCGCUCUUGUCGUGAAAUACGCUGAUAACAUCUUGAAGGGAUUCGCCACCAGUAUCAGUAUCAUCUUGUCUUCAGUCAUCAGUGUGUGGAUUUUCAACUUUACUUUUUCAGGCGCCUUCCUGCUGGGUGCGGCUUUAGUGAUAUACGCAACCUAUUUAUAUGGUUUGUAAUACCCUUGUACACAAAGAAGCAGAAAACAAAAAACGAAUCUAAACCUAGUUGGCACACAUACACAUAUAUAUACAUAUAUAUGUAUAUAU